CGUGCUGCGGCUGCUGGGCCGCUGCGUGGAGGCCGACCCCUACCUGCUCAUCCUGGAGCGCUGCGGCAUGGGCGACGCCAAGGAGUUCCUGCAGUCGCGGUCUUCGGAGCAGCGGCAGCUCCUGCUGGACACCAUGUCGCUGAACAAGAUGGCCAUGGACGCGGCUUCGGGACUUCAGCACCUGCAUGACAUUCAUUACACGCACAGUGACUUGGCGGCGCGCAACUGCCGCAUCAUGGAGAACUGCACGCUCAAGAUUGGCGACUACGGCUGCAGCAUCGACAAGUACAAGGAGGACUACUACAUCGCCGGCGAGGUGGCGCUGCCUGUGCGCUGGUGCGCGCCGGAGAUCCUCGAGUGCACGCCCUCCACCAUCGAGACCAAAGGAGACUCGCCCGCGCUGACUGUCCCCGCGCUGAAGCACGCUCCGCACUACGACUCGCUCCGCGCUGACUCCCCGCGCUGA